GGUAAUUGAUUAGUCACCCCUACUCACACAGCAGACCACAUCUCUUUUCAACGGCUAGCUAGUUAAUUCCCUAGGCCCUCAAGCUCUCUCAAAGUUCAUAAUGUCAUCACUCCAAGAUCAAGAUGCCGCUGCUGCUGCCUACGAGGAUGUACGAAAUGACACUUCUGAUACAAUAUGGACCGUUCUAAAGUACGAUGGAAAGGUUAUUGUUGAAGGAGGCUCUGGCACCGAUUAUUCAGAAUUUUUGGAGCAACUGGAAGACGGUGAGCGAGUGUAUGGUUAUGUUCGGUUUGAGACCGGAGAUGAAAUGAGCCGUCGAGCAAAGUUUGCCUUCAUCACCUGGAUUGGCCCAUCGGUGGGAGCUCUCAAAAAGGCUAAAGUCAGCACUGACAAAGCUUUCGUGAAGGCCGUAUGGACGCAAUUUGGCAAAGAGAUUCUAGCGGACGAAAAGAGUGAAGUCAAGUACGACAGGAUCCUGAAGACCCUCGAAGCUGCCAGCGGUGCUGCAUAUGGUACUGGCAAAUAACUUAUUCGAGUUCUUUAGAAAUAUUGUAGCUUAGCUAGCUCUUUAGAUCAAUUAUUUUUUUGCUGGACUGAUUUACAAAUGGACAGUUUUAUCCUUAUUAUUGUGCUACACUGUAUGCAAUCUUAUUGCAAAUUCUAGUUUUGUAUAAUAUAUGUUAUUAGGUUGUUCCUUUUUGCUAA